GCCGCAUCUCAUAAUCCAGACCAAACUCACUCGGAAAGUGGAUACAUUGUUUCCGCUGCUCUACGAGACCUCACCAUUUCCAAUUAUUUUCAGCCAAACAGGAAAUCAGUUCCAGAUCCACCUCUAGCCUACCAUGUCUGAAUCAGGUUCUGGUUGUGGUGUUCCAGCCCAGAGAAGCUCACAGCUGGGUCCAGAGAUGCUGUCAGUGAUGCUGGAUAACUGCAGUCAAACAGUGGAAUUCAAUGUGAUUGUCAAGGAGGAGGGCGAGGAGAGAGAAAUCAAUGAGGAGGAAGAGAGAGAGGAGGACAGGAACUCUGUUGACUCAGGAGAGAGCCCCAACCCAGACUCAGUCAACAAGCCCAGUUCCACAGCAUCAAUACUACCUGGCCGUGGGAGUUACCCCUGUCCUCAAUGUGAGAAGAGUUUCAGUUCCUCAACUAACCUAAAGAAUCAUCAAAGAGUGCACACUGGAGAGAAACCUUUUGACUGCUCAACAUGUGGGAAGAGUUUCAGUGAGAAAGUAAACCUCAAGAGACAUGAGAGAGUACAUAGUGGAGAGAAGCCUUACCACUGUACCACAUGUGGGAAGAACUUCAAUCAUUCAGGAAGCCUUAAGCAACAUCUGCGAAUACAUACAGGGGAGAAACCUUACCAUUGCUCUCUUUGCGGGAAGAAUUUCAGUCGGGCAGGAGACCUGAAGACUCAUCAGAGAUCCCACAGUGAAGAGAAGCCGUACCACUGCUCUCUUUGUGGGAAGAGUUUCAAUCAGCCAGGAAACCUAAAAAGUCAUCAGCGAAUACACAUUGGAGAGAAGCCUGCCUGUGCUUUAAAUUUGAUUGUCAAAGAGGAGGAGGAUGAGAAGGAAAUCGAUGAGAAGGAAAAGAGAGAAGUUGAGGAAGAAAAUAGUGGUGUAAUUAACCUAGGUACAUCAAGACUUCCUGGUCGUGGGAGUUACCCCUGUCCUCAAUGUGGAAAGAGUUUCAGUUCUUCAGGUAAUCUAAAAAAUCAUGAGAGAGUACAUACUGGGGAGAAACCUUUCCACUGUGCUACAUGUGGGAAGAGUUUCAGUGAAAAAGUCAACCUCACGAGACACGAGAGGGUACAUAGUGGAGAGAAGCCUUACCACUGCACCCAAUGUGGGAAGAGCUUCAAUCAUUCUGGAAGCCUUAAGGAACAUCAAAGAGUACAUACAGGGGAGAAGCCGUACCACUGCUCUCUUUGUUGGAAGAGUUUCAGUCAGCCAGGAAACCUUAAGAAACACCAGAGAAUACAUACAGGGGAGAAGCCUUACCACUGCUCUCUGUGCGGAAAGAAUUUUCGUUUCGCAGGAGACCUAAAGAGUCAUCAGAGAUCACACAGUGGAGAGAAGCCUUACCAAUGCUCUCUGUGUGGUAAGGGAUUCACUCAGCUAAGAAUUCUUAAAAGUCAUCAGAGGAUACAUAUUGGAGAGACGCCUGUCUGUGCGUUCAAUGUAUUUCUCCAGGAGGAGGAGAGUGAGAGGGAAAUCAAUAUGGAGGAAAAGAGAGAUGUUGAGGAAGAGGAGGACAAUAGUGGUGUAGUUGACCCAGACAUAUCAAGACUACUUGGUCGUGGUCGUUACCCCUGCCCUCAAUGUGAGAAGAGUUUCCGUUCCUCAAGUAAUCUAAAAAAUCAUCAAAGAGUACACACUGGAGAGAAACCUUUCCACUGCUCCCAAUGUGGGAGGGGUUUCAGUGAGAAAGUAAACCUUAAGAGACAUGAAAGAGUACAUAGUGGAGAGAAGCCUUACCACUGCACCACAUGUGGGAAGAGUUUCAAUCAUUCAGGAAGCCUUAAAGAACAUCAGAGAAUUCAUACAGGUGAGAAACCUUACCACUGCUCACUGUGCGGAAAUAAUUUCCGUUUUGCUGGAGACCUAAAGAAUCAUCAGAGAUCACACAGUGGAGAGAAGCCUUACCACUGCACUCAGUGUGGAGAGAGAUUCACUCAGCUAAGAAGUCUAAAAAGGCAUGAGAGAAUAUCCAUUGGAGCGAAGCCUGCCUGUGCUUUCCAUGUGAUUGUCCAAGAGGAGGAGGAGGAGGGAGGAGAGAGAGAAGUUGAGGGAGAGGAGAGUAACGUGAAAUAAAGGUGAAGUGAGGAUACUUAAGCUAACUCAAUAGCUAUUGAAAUUCACACCUUUCCUUGCAAUGGCAUCUUCUGUGACAACAUGGUCAUGGACAGCACCAUUUAGGGCUAUCUUCAUCUUCUUUUACUUCUAUGAGUGUAUUGGACGUUCACAAAUGAACUCAACUUGAAUACCACCACCACCUAAUGUGCUGGAGAGUGUAUUAAUCUGACCUUUAUUUUGACAGGGAGUCAAUACUGAGACCGAGGUCUCUUUUCCAGAUGAGGCCUGUAAUAGCACCACAAUACACAUUAAACUACCCAUUCAUAUACACAUGAAUACACAAUAAACACAUUCAACUACACAUUCGUAUGCACGUUAAAAUACAUGUUAUUGUACACAACAAUAUACGAAAACCAAAACAAACAUAUUCGGCAACAAGGUCUCAUAACAACUGUCUGAAAGGCCCUGAAGGCACUAAUUCCUGCAUUGUAGAUCAUUCCACACACAAGGCGCAAGGAAACGAAAGGCUGAUCAACUUAAAUCUCUAGACACCAAAGGAGUCUCUAUAAAGUUAAUAAAUCCUCUUUUUUUCCCCUCCAAUUUUCACCUAAAAUGACAUACCCAAAUCUAACUGCCUGUAGCUCAGGACCUGAAGCAAGGAUAUGCAUAUUCUUGAUACUCCCAGGAAUGAUGGAUCAUUAACUUAUACAUUAACUUUCACACAUCUAGAUGGCCGGGCAGGUUGGGUGUGGAGCCAGAGACAGCAGGGGUUCAACCUGGAGAACCCAGUUCCUAUACUUAAAUAGAACAAUAACAAUUUAAUGUAUCAAAUAAAACUAUGCUACAUUUUAUCUCUGGCUGUGCUAAAUUUUUGUUGUUGUUAUGCAUUCUCCUCAAACAAUAGCAUAUGGUAUUUUUCCUCUAUAAUAGCUACUGUAAAUUGAACAGUGCAGUAAGAUUAGCAAGAAUUUAAGCUUUCUGCCCAUAUAAGACAUGUCUAUGUCCUGCAAAGUUUGCCGUUACUUACAAUAGUUAUGCUAAUCAAAUUAGCGCACGUUAGCACAACCGUCCCGGUAUAGGGACACCGAUCCCGUAGAGGUUUUUAACCAACCCUGUGAACGGGUUUGAGGCAGCUGCUCUUUUAUAAAUAGUAUCACCAUAAUUGAGAACAGGUAGACAGGUUGACUGCCAAAUCUGUUUCCUGCUGACUGUAGAGAGACUAGAUCUGUUUUUGUAAAAAAUAAAAAAAAAUAAAAAACAGCUCAUCGGUCUAGUUGGCCAUUGUGACGUCAUACAUUUCAUUGUAAACAUUGGAUGGUGAGAACAGAGGAUUUUUACUACCAGCCAAUGUGAUGACAUCACAGAAGCUCUCGCCAUUCAAACUUCCUGUCAGUUUAUUAUGAACGCUUUAAAAUGUGAUGACGUCACAGAAGCUCUCGCCAUUCACACUUCCUGCCAGUUCAUUGUGAACUCUUUAACCUAUUUUAUAUCUUUCCCCAUUUUUUUAUUUAAUUUUUUUUUUUAUUGCUCAAAAUAAGUGACCAAACUACAGGGUUUUUAGGGAAGGGUUUAGCAUGUCUAAACUGCUGAAGGUUUCCAAAAAGCACAGUGGUCUCCAUCAUUGGGUUCUGGAAGGGUUUAACAUGUCUAAACUGCUGAAGGUUUCCAAAAAGCACAGUGGUCUCCAUCAUUGGGUUCUGGAAGGGUUUAACAUGUCUAAACUGCUGAAGUUUUCCCAAAAGCACAGUGGUCUCCAUCAUUGGGUUAGGGAAAAAAUAUGGAACUACCCAGAAUUGGCCUGGAGCUGGCCAUCUGACCAAUCUGAGCAACCGGGGCAAGAAGGACCUUGUUCAGGCAGGUGACCAAGAACCCAAUGACCACUGACGGAAUUCCAGUGUUCCUGGGCUGAGAUGGGAGAACCUGCCAGAAGGACAACCGUCUCCACAGAGCACUUUAUCUGGACUUAAUGGGAGAGUGGCCAGACGGAAGCCACUCCUAAGAAAAACGCACAUGACAGCAGGCCUGGAGUUUGCAAAGAGGCACGUUAAAAAGACUCUGAGAGCAUAAAGGCAAAAAUAUUCUGUGGUCUGAUGAGACAAACAUUUUAACUAUUUGGCCUGAAUGCAAAGCUCUAUGUCUGAAGGGCAAAAAAACAGGAACAGUUCAUCAUUCGUCAAACACUAUCCCUACCAUGAAGCAUGGUGCUGGCAGCGCAAUGCUUUUCAGUGGCAGGUACUGGGAAGCAUGGUGGUGGCAGCGUGAUGCUUUUCAGUGGCAGGUACUGGGAAGCAUGGUGGUGGCAGCGUGAUGCUUUUCAGUGGCAGGUACUGGGAAGCAUGGUGGUGGCAGCGUAAUGCUAUUCAGUGGCAGGUACUGGAAAGACUGAUAAGGAUAUAGGGAACAAUGAAUGAAACCAAAUUAGGGCUGACCCCAUUUUUAGUCUACUGGUUGAUUGUUUGGUCGAUAGUUUGUUGGUCGGCUGAGAUUUCUUUAGGUGUGCAGUCAGAAAUAUAUAUAUAUAUGUAUAUGUGUGUAUAUAUAUAUAUAUAUAUAUAUAUAUAUAUAUAUGUGUGUAUAGCCGUUGAAUUUGCCACCAUUUCCUAGACCAUGUUGCUAUGUGCAUAACAGCAAAGUUAACCCUCAUAUUGGUGUUGUUUACACUAUUCCCAACGGGCAGAAUAAUAUUAUUGUAAUCUUAAAACAGCCUCUGUUUGUCACGCAUAAUAUGCACGCAGCUCUGGCUCCUAUACCCUCCCUCCUUUCUCUUGAUCUCGUGCAUCUUUGUUGUUAUUGUCGUGAUCGUCAUUAUAAUAACGUCAUUGUCAUUCGUAGGCUUCUUAUAAUAGGACUCUUCUAUAACCACCAUCGAGCUGUGGGCUUAAGAGCGCGUCCUGUUUUAGUCUUAAUACUGUAACGUCGCUCUGUGUCAAUCAAUCAUUUGUUCGUGUCGUGUCAUCGCACAGCAUGCGAGUCAUUCAUGCAAUCAAUCAUUUGUUUGUUUCGUUUCGUGUCAUCGCACAGCAUGCGAGUCAUUCACGCAAUCAAUCAUUUGUUUGUUUCGUUUCGUGUCAUCGCACAGCAUGCGAGUCAUUCAUGCAAUCAAUCCUUUGUUCGUUUCGUGUCGUGUCAUCGCACAGCAUGCGAGUCAUUCAUGCAAUCAAGCAUUUUAGUUUUAACAUGAAAGAACAAAGGGAGUUUUGGGUAAUUAGCCUGAACAAUAAAUAAACCGGCCUAAACAAUAAAUAUACCGGCCUAAACAAUAAAUAAACCGGCCUAAACAACACAUAAACCGGCCUAAACAACACAUAAACCGGCCUAAACAAUAAAUAAACCGGCCUGAACAAUAAAUAAACCGGCCUAAACAACACAUAAACCGCAAUUCACAAAUCCAUGCAACUGUUUUACUCUUUGCUGUAAUAAAGGAUUUAUAUAUUUUUUAUUUUACAAAAAAAUGAAUUUAGUGUUGUUUACGCUGUUCCAAACAUGUUUCAAGGGUAGGGAAUGUUUUUCCUAAACAAAUUAUGUAUUUUGGUAACAGACUUUUUGAGUCAAAAGAAACAAGUAAGAAACACAAUGGGUGUAAUUAUGGCGCAGCUUCAGCACUGACAGCGGAGAUAAAUACUGUGGUGUGGGGCCUGUUCACUGCAGUAGGGAGGAGAAAUGGUGCGCUUAAAGCAUCAGACAAGCUCAGUGCACAUAGUUGAUUUUUAUUCAAACACAUAUGGAAAAAUACACGUUUAAACAUUUCGACCAAUCGAUUGGUCAAAAAAAAACAGACUACUCUCGGUCGACCAAUUUCUAAAUUUUUUUGUAGGGAAAAGCUCUAAGCCAAAUAAAGGCAAAUCCUUAAUGAGAACAUGCUUCAGAGUGCAAACGACCUUAGACUGGGGUGAAGAUGACUUUCCAACAGGACAAUGACCCCAAGCAUACAGCCAAAGAAAUGCUGGAAUUACUUUAGAACAAAAAUGUGAAAAUCCUUGAGUGGCCCAGCUAAAGCCCAGACUUGAAUCCCAUUGAAAAUCUGUGGAAAGACUUGAAGAUUGCUGUUCACUACUGCUCCCCAUCUAACUCAACAGAGCUUGAAAAAGGCUGCAAGGAAGAAUGGGAGAAAAUCCCCAAAUCCAGAUGUACAAAGCUGAUACAGACAUACCCAAGAUGACUCAAAGCUGAUACAGACAUACCCAAGAUGACUCAAAGCUGAUCCAGACAUA